AUGAUGGAGAAAGCUGCACUGCUGCUGUUCUGUUGCCUGGUCAUGUCUUUAUCAGGCUCCCCGCUCUACCCAUCCAUUAGGUUCGGUCAGAGGGACACGUCCUUCCUGAUGACGUCGUCUAUCAGCGAUCCAGCAGAGAAGCUGCAGGACGACAUGAGUCAUCCCAGGGAGCGAGCAGAGUUACGCUCCGGACGUCACGCUGAUGCCAUCUUUACAAAUAGUUACAGGAAGGUUCUGGGACAGAUCUCUGCCAGGAAGUUCCUACAGACGGUCAUGGGCAAACGGCUGGGCUACAUGAAGCGUCAGUCAGAUAUCUACGAGGGGACCUAUAAAGAAGAUCUUACAUCCAUCCACAGCGACCAGAGAUACAGAGGAGUGCAUGGGAAAGCUCUGGGGUCCAGACUGCUGAGCUGAGAUCAGGGGACCAGACCGCCAGUGCUCAACGACACUCGUCUACUCAUGAUGACCAUCACUGCUUAGUUUCUUAUUCCUCCUC